AUGGCCAGAGGAAAUCAGAGAGAAAAGUCCCGUGAGGCUAAUGCUAAGAAACAAGCUCAACUUGCUAAAGCCGGAAGCGGAAUGUCGAAAUCGCAAAUGCAGGCCGAGAAAGAUAAGACCCGUGUUCUAUUAAUGGAAAAGCAAAGGAAAGCCGACGAGAGAAAAGCAGCCGAAGCACUCGCCGCCGCACAAGGAAAGAAAUAG